AUGGCCUCGACAGCUCAAAUUGAAGAUCUAAUCGCACUGGGCAAGGCUGUCUUUGUCUUGUCCAUAACGCUCGUCAUCUUGGCAUGGCUGGCUGUAGGGCUUCGAUUGUGGGUGCGAUUCCGUAUCACCAAGUCCCCAGGAUGGGAUGAUGCAGCCAUGGUCGCCACUCUGCUACUUUUUACGACGUACUGUGCCUUCAUCUUGACCAUCAUCAUGCGAAGUGGUGAUGGUAGGCUGUUCAGCAACGAGGAGCGAUACCUGAGCUUAGUCUUCGUUCAGCUUAGUGAAGUCUUCUACAUCUUGACGACGACACUGUUGAAGAUCUCCCUGGGCCUCUUCUUUCUCCGUGUUCUUACCAAGAAGUGGCAGAAGAUUAUCUUUCACACCAUUCUCGGGAUCAGUGCGGUCUACGGCCUUUUUUACUCACUCACCACCAUCUUUAUAUGUGGAGACCCGGCAAAGUUAGCCGACAAUCUCGCUGGCUCAGGAAAGUGUCUACCGGCUGGCUUCAUCCUCGCUACAGGUUAUAUCUACGGCGUCAUCAACAUCAUCGCAGACUGGACAUUCGUGCUGAUCCCCAUUGUCAUCCUUAUCGACAGUGACAUCGAUCGCCGGUCCAAAAUCAGUGUCAGCAUCGUCAUGGGCCUCGGUGCUGUCGGCAGCGUCUCGAGUAUCCUCCGCAUGGUCUACCUCAAUGGCCUUCUCUUUUCACAUGACGUUGGUGUCCUCAGUCCCAACGCAGUCAAAGCCACAAUCUGGGCGACUGCCGAGCCAGGUACUGGCAUCAUCGCUGCUUCUAUCGCUGUCCUACGCCCAUUGCUCCGUAAGAUCGCCUCAGACACACAAGAGGCAUACAAGAGCCGUAAAGCAUCACUGGGAGACUCUUCCGGCAAGUCGACUCACUCAAGGCCCAAAUCCAAGGGCUCAGAUAGCGACAGCAUCAUCGCGCUGACGACCGUUGAGUCCAACAAGACCUACCUGAACGAUAUUGAGGCUCGUGGCGCGAAUGCAAGCAAGAAAGACAAGUGGAACAGAGAGAGCACAUACAGUGGAGCGAGAGACGAAGAUCCGUGGAGCCCGACAGUGACGAUGGGCAAAGCAAGUGUGCAGAAGGUCAUUAAUGUGCAGAUGAUCGAUGGGAGGGGGAGUCCAGCACCACAGCCCCAUGGGAGGCGGUACAUUUAG